GCAAUAAAAUGAUGGCCGGACUGUGCAACUCAAAAGUUCGAAGGUGCUAGAAGAAAAACCAACGGGGAGGAAAACGUCCCAUUACGUGCGGGCAUCAAAUUUGUGCUGAAGUACAUAAAACACAACUUAAAAACUUAAAUGGAUUUACCACAACAUGACGAGAAUCAGAAAUGUAGAUAAGGAUGAUGAACAAUAUACAAGGGCACGUGUACCAAGUUGAGUAAAAUACUCAUUCAUUUCCAAGGGGUAAGCACAGAACAGCCCAACAGGAUGCAAUCUUCGUAGCAUUCAUGGAACGACAUCCAAUCAUCUCUAAAAAUUAUCUUAAAGGCGACAAGCAAGCGGCGGAGGCAGCGUGGAAAAGAUUGUCAAAUGAGCUAAAUAGUGUCGGUCCCCCUGUCAAGGAGGCCAGCGAAUGGAAACGGGUUUGGAAAGACUGGAAAAGUUGCAUUCGAAAAAAAAUUACUAAUAAUCGGCUAGAGAACUCUAAGGCUACUGGUAAAGGAUCGCUAUACCAAGAUACUCUUACUCCCCUGGAGGAUGCAGUUGCUGUAAUCUGCGACCUGUACGAUAUGGCAGACACCAUCGCCGAGGGCUGCCCCAAGGAUCAAACUGAAAUGGCCCACGGAGUUUCUUUGAAAUUCAUAAAAACUGACCAAGACGAUUCCAGGGUGAAAGAUAAUCAAUACUAUAAGGAUGAAGAUUGCUCUAUCAAUAUUAGACGUUUUGGUGGUCAGUUAGAGCAUAGCGCUAACACUUCACAGACUACCUCUAAAAAACGAAAGCGGUUUAAAGAAACUGCUUUAGAAAUUGAACAGGAACGUUCUGUUCCGGUCCUCUUGGGUAUAGCAAGGGAGCUGAGUGACUUAAAUAGACAAUCCCGCUUAAACGCCCAGCGAACUAAAGCUAACACGGAAGCAUUAUUGGCUUUGAGUACGCAGAUAGCCGAUUUAAUGCAGCAGCAGUUAAAAGAGCGUAAGCGUCUUAACGCCAUAAUAGAGAAAUUUGUACUUAAAAUGGAAUCCUCAGAUUAGAGCCAAUAUAAAAACUCCACAUUAUGGAUUACAAUUAAUCAUAAAUAUCCUAUAUUUC